CGUAGUGUUCUUAAUGCUUGCGCUCUAUCUAACACUUUUUGUUGAAGAAAAAACUAUAAUAUUCAUCGAUUUAUUUUAGAAAUGUUAAGGAAAUGGCCUCCAGUAAUCGUCAAAGAUCGCCAGUGUACCAAACCUUACACCCUACAAGCAGUCAAAAAGGAAGAAAGGGACAUCGAAAUAAAACUGGACGACACAAUUUGGAUUCCGACCUUUGCCAUUCACCGCUCUCCAGAAAACUAUACCAAUCCUGAUAAAUUCGAUCCGGAACGUUUCUCAGAAGAGAACAAGGGCAGUAUCAAGCCCUAUACUUACCUACCAUUUGGCGUUGGACCGAGAAAUUGUAUUGGAUCCAGGUUCGCACUGUUGGAGGCUAAAGUAUUGCUGUUCAAAAUCUUGCUUAAUUUCGAGUUGAUCCCUACGCCAAAAACGAGAAUUCCCAUGCAGCUUGCAAAAGACGGAUUCAAUCACACUGCACAAGGAGGGUUUUGGUUUGGCUUUAAAAAAAUAAACCAUAAACUUAAGUAAUUACUAAUGAUUCUGUUAUAAGAAGAAAAUAUAUUCACUUGAUAAAUA